AUGAGUCAAAGAGAUACCUUAGUUCAUCUGUUUGCUGGAGGAUGUGGGGGUACGGUAGGAGCCAUAUUAACUUGUCCUCUGGAAGUAGUGAAGACCCGUCUGCAGUCCUCCUCCAUCACCCUCUAUGUGUCUGAGGUUCAGCUCAGUACCGUCAACGGGGCAAGUGUGGCCCGCGUGUCCCCGCCAGGCCCCCUGCACUGUCUCAAAUUGAUAUUGGAGAAAGAAGGACCUCGUUCACUCUUCAGGGGCUUGGGGCCAAACUUGGUGGGCGUGGCACCUUCCAGAGCAAUCUACUUUGCUGCUUACUCUACUGCCAAAGAGAAACUGAACGGUGUGUUGGAACCGGACUCCACACAGGUACACAUGGCGUCGGCUGGAAUGGCAGGUUUUACAGCCAUCACGGCAACCAAUCCAAUCUGGCUCAUAAAGACGCGUCUACAGCUGGAUGCUAGGAAUCGCGGUGAGCGCAGGCUGAGUGCGUUUGAGUGCGUGCGACGGGUGUAUCAGACAGACGGCCUGCGAGGCUUCUACAGGGGAAUGUCAGCAUCUUACGCUGGCAUCUCAGAGACUGUGAUCCACUUUGUGAUCUAUGAAAGCAUCAAACGGCGUCUCCUGGAGGCCAAGGCACCGCAGAACAUGGACGAGGAAGAGGAGGUGUCUAAAGAUGCUUCUGACUUUGUGGGGAUGAUGCUUGCUGCUGCCACCUCCAAGACCUGUGCCACAACUAUCGCUUAUCCUCAUGAAGUGAUCCGCACCAGGCUACGUGAAGAGGGCACCAAGUACCGCUCUUUCUUCCAGACUCUAACAACAGUGCCCAAAGAGGAAGGAUACCGUGCCCUGUACCGCGGCCUCACCACCCACCUGGUACGACAGAUCCCCAACACCGCCAUCAUGAUGUGCACCUACGAGUUGGUGGUCUACCUCCUGAACGGUUAAAGUCUUCCCCCGCCCUUUUAGACAGUAAAUAUAACCCUGCCCCUGUUCGGAGAUGGAGAAAAAGAAAAAGAGAGCUGCACACCAGUUACCACAACAAUCUGCUCACCAGAAGAGGACGGAGACGCCACAAUGACCUUUUCUCAGUGAACACGAGUGGUUGUUAAAAGCAAGUUGGGAGUUUUGUUUUGUAACUAAAGGGUCAGGCACAAGGAGGAGGGUUGAAAAGAUCCUUGCACUGGUUUGGGGAUCUGGGUUUAGCUGUAGCAAAGAAACAGUUUCCCUAUUCUUUAUCUUUAUUCCAUCCUUGUUCUCCCUUCGGUUAUACACAUAGCUUGUGCAGAUUGCUGAAGAAAGAACCAGAGUUACAGUAUAUUCUGCCUUUAAUAAUACUAAUAAUGACAGAGAAAUACAGUAAUUCCAGUCCUUACUACAUAGUGGAUAUAAGACCCUCUCCAGCUGAGACUUUGUUCUCUGAUGAUCGGUUUUAAAAAAUAUUUUGUUAGCGUCAUGCACCAUUCCUAGCAUCCCCAGAGGCCCAGAAUACAAAGAUGAGCUGAAGUAUUUGACGAGGGUUCCCAAGUUAGUGAAAACGAGCUUUGUCUUGUUGAGGAAGGAGGAACAGAGGAAAAAGGGUGCAAGGGAAGGGAGGGAGGUGAAGGGGUGACGUGCCUUGUGUUAGGAUGUGACAUAGACUAUGAUGCACAAUGGCUGUAGGAGGAGGUGGAGCUCUGGUUGACCUGUUACAACAAAGGAUGUAGAAAUGUAGUUGUACACUGGUAUUGUGUGAUUUCAGGUGCCCUUAGUGAACCUUUUACAUAUCGUGAGUACAGACACACUCGCAUAAAGGUUUUUACUAGCCUCGUACUGGUCGCGAUAUCCUCGUACUGCAGGAAUUUACAUGCAUUUACUGCUCUUUACACACUACCUACUCACAUGAACGGAUAUCUGCUUGCUUAUUACAAGUGAAGUCUGCGUAACGACAUCGACCUAUGGACCUGUACAUGUUUGUGUUAACCAUGUGUGGAAGAAGAGUGAUCACUAAGGUUAGUUAGAGGGUAAAAUAAAGUCACCAAACUAAACCAGAAUAUAAUCCACUGUUCUUACUACUGGAAUGUAAAUAAACAGGAGGAAUAACUUUUACUAAAAGCAAGGAAGUAAAACACUGACCAAUAUUGUGAAUUAAAAAAUAAAUAUAAUUAACAAGUUUUAACAAAUUGUAAUAUUGAUAGAUAUAUAAAAUAUAAGUGAGUGUGUUGCAUUGGCAAAAAUGCAAACAUGUAGUGCAUCUUCUUUAGAGGAGAGGGGAUUUUCCUGCUUGUUGUCACCUUCUUCUUAAACAAGGGUGUUGGUCUUUGUAGCACUUUUCAAUGUCUUUCUCUAGAAUAUUCAUCUCAUUUUUUCUUUUUUUUCCUUUUGGGAGGAUCCAGGUUAGUUUUACAGGCAAAGACAAUCCUCUUAAGUUUACUCUGGAAAACCUGUUGUACAGUUUAAACCAGUGUGUGGAGGAAGUGGUCAGGAUUUGCUCCCCCUAAGCGCACAUUAAUUAAGUCAAACCAGUAUAUAUAUUUUAAAAAAAAAGAAAAAAAAAAAGGUAACUGUUUUCUUGAUUCCUUUCCAUUGUUCAGUUGUCAUUUAAAAAAAAAAACAAAAUCUCAGCAUUUCAACCGGUUUUAAAUGAAAUGGCUUCUAUUUUUGGUUUGUCAGUGUUUUAUGUGUUGUUGGAUGUCCUUCACAUGGAAUGGAAAGGUGCUUGCUCUCUUUGGAUAUUUUUUUUUUUUUUUAUGUCAAUGUUAAAGUGACAAAAACAGUGUUUUGCUGUGACCUAAUUUAUCCUACCAACCGUGUAAGUAACUAAAGAACCUAGACUGUCAACAACUGGGCAUUUUCACCACUAACGGCAAACUUAAAAGGGCCCCCGGCUUCGCCCACAGUGCUGUGUUUAUCUUCCAGUGUAUUUUAACUCACAGUGAUAACUUAUCCAAACACUUCACUGCUUCAUAGGUCAGCUGGUGUGCAGCAGUAAGCAGCAGCAAGGGCAUUUUUUGUUUUUGGCAUAACAUUUGGCUCGACGAUGCUCACCCUCUCAGUGAGACUACAGAAACAGCUUCAGUGUGAGUCCUCAGAUGCUUUUUUCUUUUUUUUUUUUUUUCCACUGAAAUUACUGACGUGAUCCUCAAUGUGAACAGUGAACAGUUUUACAGCACACGUGAAGGAUGCAUUAGAUUAGCCUCAUUGUACAAGUCUUAUUAGAGAUGUGUUAAAUGCUUGCAAGACGGUGCCAUCAACACACACUACUGAUGUAGUGAGAUGCGAGUCCAUGGGUGACUCCGUUGCUGCUAGUAGUGAUUGGACGUUUGUGUAUCAUGGUGCUGGCUACACUCCUAUGGGUUUAAAACGGGACAAGUAGUGUGAGUUGAUUGUACGUUUAUGUGAUUAAAGGGUCAGUUCACCCAAAUAACAACAAUAAAAAAAAUCUCUUGUAGUACCUUCAGUGGCAUUUAGUUCCGGUUUUAUUUUUGCAGGUCAUGGGAUGUCUGCUCAUUGCUUCAGUACAAAGUGAAUUGUUGUAUUUAGGUGGUGGCUGAUAUUUCAAAACCUGCAGUAAAAAAAAAAAGCCAGAUUUGUCGUUUUAUUUCAUUAUUUUAUUUUGUAAUAUUUUAUUUCUUUCCUUGUUUGGGUGAACUGACCCUUUUUAACUGUAAAUUUCUAUGCAUCUCAUUCACUUGUAUCUGUGUCUGUUAGUGUCAGGUGAUGCAUUCUUCCCUGCAUUCUAUGGUUAUUUUCUUUUGCACCCACAUGUUUGCAUUGUGUUCCAGAAUGUUUGCGUUUGUGUGUGUGUGUGUGUGUGUGUAUGUGUGUGUGUGUGUGUGUGUGUGUGCGUGCGUGUGUGCGCUUGCUUAAGUGACAAUCGUACGUCAUUCGGUUGUGUCUUGUGUGUAAGAGACCAUAGGAGUAUGUGUGUACUCAGAAGAAUAGCUGCAAACAGUGUUGUUUUUAUCUGUUGAAAUAAAUUGUUGCCUUUUCCUGACGCCCUUUGUUUUGUUCCAUGUUGUCACUGAUGAGCCGACUGUGAGCUCAGUCUAUGCAUUCUCUCAUACCUGUUUUUGUAAAACAAAAAGUCAAUAAAAUGGAAAGAG